UAAAUAUGUGCCGAUGUUGUCAAAACUGUUGGGAAGAUUUUUAUUGGAAUUGUUUCGAGGAAAAAUUUUGCUAUGAUGAAACAAUUGCCAAUUAUAAUCCCGACGAUGAUGAAGAAUAUCUUGCCUCCAAAAAGAAUGGCAGUGUCUUGGGACGCAUACAACCAGCGGACAACAACAAUGUGACCAGAGUACCCUCAAUUAUUAUUGAUCAGCCACUGCGACGAGGGCAUUCAUCUGGACUAUUCAGUAAUGCCAAAAUUCACGAAGAAGAUUAUCGCCGAGAAACACAAACAAAUGUACCAAUGCUGGGACCGGAGAUACUUGCGGUCUUUGCCAAUUCGCAGAUAUUCCAGGAUCAUCAACCGACCAAAUUGAAUCGUAUCAGUACGAAACCAAAUUUGGCUGGGAUACACUCACCCAAACGGGAUAUGCCAACCACACCCAAGGAAUCUGAUCAGGAUCGUCUGCUGCGACGUUUGGAAGGUAAUAAUGAAUCUACACCGUUUUUGCCCCGAAGCAAUUCUAAUCUAGCUAAAGGUGAUACAUUGGACUCUCCCACUGACAAAACGGUUACUGAUACUAAAGAUGCAUCUCCCGAACGGCGUAUUACUUUUACCAUAAGUAGCGAUUCUUCGCCUGAGGGCAGUAUGACUUUGUCACCGAAGAAAUUCGACUCUAUUGCCGAAGAGGACACACCUUCAGUUGUCGAUGCUGGGAAAGACGAGGAUGAAAAAGAAGAUGAAGUAAUUCUACGACCACGUCUCAUUGAUCGUCAUCCACAUUUAAUGCCACCAUCUGGCAUUACCACUACACCACGUAAAGUAUUGCGCAGCGCCAAGAGUGUACCACACUUCAAUGUUCGAACAGCAGCUAGUGAAACAGAUAUAUUCGCCAUAACCGGCUCGGGCAAUCCCAUUAGUAUGACACCAGAAGUUCCGUCCAUAUCGUUUAGUAAUUUGCCCAAACACUAUGAAGAUACACCGACAAUUGAAAAAUAUCGCGUCUCACAAUCCCUCUAUUCAAUACAAACGGCAAAUGCCGCUCGUGCUGAAGAUUAUUCAAUGCCGCGCUAUUUCCGCAAAUCGGCCAUGAUAACGGCCAGUAGUGAAGUAUUGUCGGGAACAGGUCCAACGACAACACCCUCGGCUUCUUCUUCGCGUGAAGAAGUCCGACGUCCCGAGAAGGAGAAGAGCAAACGUUUGCAAAUGUUGAGAGGAGCCUUGCCACCGUUACUUAUACAUUCCGUGUCAUUCCGCAAAACCCGUGAAGAGGGCAAACAAGUGGAUUAG